CUGUGCUAGCCUCGCCCACACCACAUGGCGCGUGGAAAGACGAAAAGGCCCGGCCCGCAACAAGAUCAUGCAACGGCAAAGGAGGGCGAAGCUGAAGUCUCCGAUUACGAGCUCGCUCGACUAGCUCGAAUCAAACGGAAUGAGGCGUUUAUGGCAACGUUGUCCAUCAGUGCGCUAAAGACAGCGCCUUCCACAGCGGCAGCGGCGACGAAGAAGCGCUCGCCCUCGAAGCGACCACGGGACCCAGCCUCGAGAACGGCACCGUCUCGAACGUCGAAGCGACUAAGAAGCCAAGCGGCGGAUCCCGAAGAAUUGGUGGCAUUACCUGGCACUUGGACCUCCAGCCUUGCGGGUGCAACUACCAAGCCGGGAGGAGCACCUUCGUCGUUUCGACACGACUACGGGCCGGAGCUGGAUCCAGAAGAAGCCGAAGAGAGGAUGGAGGUGUUGAAAGGUCACAUCGAUGCCAGAGAUGAAGCCAAGGCGGGUACAGCGAGUUACAACCACUGCCUUCACCGCGUGCGGACGAUGUCCGAUGUCAGCCUCGCACGAAGGGUGCGCACCAUCGAGCGAGCGCGAGGAGCCCAGGCGAAGGAAAAGAUGCUGGUUUUCUCUCGGGUUUUGACGGCCAAGGGGAAGACGGACCUCGCCGAGGUGGCCGAGGCUGCCCUCGACAGGCUCGUUCGGGGCCUUCCAAUGCCCGAGAUGGAGAGCUGACAAGCAACCGGAACCAGAUCCCCAAGGGACUGAAACCAAAAGACCAGCUCACGCGGAACAUGGUGGUCGUGUGCUCUCUCUGGUGCGGCACAUCACUGCUAGGAAUUGUGUCAACAGCGGUCAAGCGUCUUUGAGAGACUUCCAGACGGACGGAA